GCUUGCCUGUGCUUCUGGCUUCCCCUCGGCGCAGGAGGCGCGCGCCCGCCGCGGCCUCACGCCCGCCGGGAGCCCCGGAGCGCCCAGUGCUCGUGCAGGCUCGCCGCGGCGGAGCGCUCCACGACGCCACCGCGUCGCCCACGCGCAGCUCCCCUGCUGCGCCCCCGUGCGCGGCGUAGACGCCGAACAUCGGCCCCUCCCGCGCCAGCGGGCCCGCGCGGCCAGCGGGGUCGUGCAGGCGCCGGGAGGCGCGCAGGGCGCGCGCGGGCUCGAAGCGGGCGUCCGGCUCGCCGGUGCGCUGGUCGAUCGAGGGGAUCUGGCACCGCGGGUCCUGCAGACAGCGCAGCGUCAGCUGGCGCGGGCCGUUCCCCAGCUCCACCACGGCCCAGCCGUCCUCGUCGAAGGCGGGGGCGCCCGCCACGACGACAUGUUGGGUCGGAAGCGGUCCAUGCCCACCGCCUCGCCAGGCACGUCCUUGUUCACCCUGUUCAGAGACUCCUGGGCCGUGAGCAGCAACGGGAACAGGUCCGGGAAGGCCACCUGGUCCUCCGGCAGCGCAUGGUCGCCCCCGACGUCGUUGGCGACCCGGCGCUUUGCGCUGGCACCCUCAUCGUACCGCGCCAGGUGGAAGACAUCCCCUGGGACGCCACCUGGCGAGGGCCCCCGUCGAUCGAUAGGCCCGGGGAGCCCGCCAGGAGCUGCGUGAGCCACUCCGUGACCACCGCGGGGUAGCGCCACGCUGGCACCGGGUCCCCGUGGCCCAUGC